AUGUCUCCAUCAUCACCAUUGCUGAUACUCCCUGUCCUCAGCCAUCCCUUGUACAAUAUGCAUAUGUCUCCAUCAUCACCACCAUCGCUGAUACUCCCUGUCCUCAGUCAUCCCUUGUACAAUACGCAGAUGUCUCCAUCAUCACCAUCGCAGAUACUCCCUGUCCUCAGUCAUCCCUUGUACAAUACGCAGAUGUCUCCAUCAUCACCAUCGCUGAUACUCCCUGUCCUCAGUCAUCCCUUGUACAAUACGCAGAUGUCUCCAUCAUCACCAUCGAUGAUACUCCCUAUCCUCAGCCAUCCCUUGUACAAUAUGCAGAUGUCUCCAUCAUCACCAUCGCUGAUACUCCCUGUCCUCAGUCAUCCCUUGUACAAUAUGCAGAUCUCUCCAUCAUCACCAUUGCUGAUACUCCCUAUCCUCAGUCAUCCCUUGUACAAUAUGCAGAUGUCUCCAUCAUCACCAUCGCUGAUACUCCCUGUCUUCAGUCAUCCCUUGUACAAUACGCAGAUGUCUCCAUCAUCACCAUCGCUGAUACUCCCUGUCCUCAGUCAUCCCUUGUACAAUACGCAGAUGUCUCCAUCAUCACCAUCGCUGAUACUCCCUGUCCUCAGUCAUCCCUUGUACAAUAUGCAGAUGUCUCCAUCAUCACCAACGCUGAUACUCCCUAUCCUCAGUCAUCCUUUGUACAAUACGCAGAUGUCUCCAUCAUCACCAUCGCUGAUACUCCCUAUCCUCAGUCAUCCCUUGUACAAUAUGCAGAUGUCUCCAUCAUCACCAUCACUGAUACUCCCUGUCCUCAGUCAUCCCUUGUACAAUACGCAGAUGUCUCCAUCAUCACCAUCGCUGAUACUCCCUGUCCUCAGUCAUCCCUUGUACAAUAUGCAGAUGUCUCCAUCAUCACCAUCGCAGAUACUCCCUGUCCUCAGUCAUCCCUUGUACAAUACGCAGAUGUCUCCAUCAUCACCAUCGCUGAUACUCCCUGUCCUCAGUCAUCCCUUGUACAAUACGCAGAUGUCUCUACCAUCAUCACCAUCGCUGAUACUCUGUCUGACCUCAUCUCUUCAACUUAAGCAUCUUUUAACUCAGUCAAAUCCUGGCUCAGUGACAACCAGCUAA